AUGUUGAGAAUAUCAACUGUUCUGGUCAGAGGAUCUGGCUUCUUGUCGUUGAUUUUUCUUUUUCUCUCGGCAGAGCACGCGGCGAAGAGUAUCAGUUAUGCCGUGACGAAGAGGCCGAAAGAACUGCUGCUAGAAUUGGGGCAGAUUGAAAAAGACUUGGGACUGCAGAUUGACAGAGACAUCGCGUACACACUCGAGCAUGGAGGACUGGUCGAAGGAGCAAAUUCAGCGUACAAAGGAGUCUUGUUUCAUUUGGAACGAGUGCUGCACAUCAUUCCCCAAGCUGACGAAAUCGAGGAGCAUCACGCUGAGCCAACAAAAGCUCCAAAAUUAGAAAAUACUGGAAAAGCAAAGUCUGAAGAAGCAAUCGAGAAAGAGGAAGAAGAGGAUUUAUCUGACCCGUCGGUUUUUCCGGAAGAAUCAACUUACGGCCCAGAAGUUUUGCACCCUCACAAUUAUAAAUGGCUCCUGAAUCCAGUCAACAAAUGCAAGCGAGAAAAACCUCUUUUCGUUGUUUUAAUUAGAAGCCAAGAAGCAAACUAUCAGCUCCGAGAAGCAAUCAGAAAGACGUGGUGUUCAAGAGAAGAGAAGUCAUCAACCUUCAGCUGCGUUUUUCUUGUCGGACGAGAUCAUACGCUGCCCAAAGAGAAGAUCAAGCUCGAGUACAGCCAUUAUCACGACAUCUUGAUGGAAGACUUUGAAGACGGCAAAGACAUCGAAAAAGUUCUGAUGGGACUCCGCUGGGUAGAAAAAUAUUGCAAGCAGCCCAAAUACCUGCUGAAAACAAACGAUGAUGUCUGGGUCAACAUCGAUCGCUUCAACGACUACUUCGAAUCCAACACUAUCGACGAGCACUUCUUUGGGGGGAAAUGUGUGAUGGAGUUUCCAGACAGAAAUCGAAAAUCGAAAAAAUAUAUUUCAGAAGAAGAAUAUCCCGCGAAUCAUUAUCCAGCUUCCUGCAGAGACAGUGGAUAUUUGAUGACAACGGAUCUCGCCGGUAAAAUAUUCGAAAAAUCGCUGGAGGUGGUUCCUCCAGUCAAAUUUGAGGACAUUUACUUCGGCUUCGUUCUUCAUGCUCUUGGGCUCUUCACACGUUCAACCUCCGGAUUCGACUUUGGUAAAUUUCUUCUUCAACGAUCCUGCGAGUACAAAACCAACGCGUUCACGAUCACCAUUGCCGGCCAAAAUCUCCAGUCAAAGACAAACAAUCUCCAACAACUUCACGAGCGAAUACUCAAGUGUUAA